AUCUCUCAUGAUAUUUGUCUGCGGGAGAGAGCUUUGGCUAAGAGCUAGCCAGCAGUUCCUAUUCUUUGUAGACAAUGGCUUAAAGCACCCAACUUUUCUUCUGAUUCUCGUCUCCCCCACCAUAAAAAUGAUAAUCUCUUCAGUUGCAUCGUGGAAAGACUGUGGGUCUUCUUCUAACUACCCUUUAUGUGUCAUGGAUUUGUAUCAUUCUAAAUUGAGGGCUUCCUCUCUCAAAAUGGAGCCUUUCACUGUUUCUUAUGACCAGAGAUCAGAGUUUCUCAAACUCAGUUACCUCCAUUCUUUUCAGCAUAGCAAUGUAAAAGUUAGGCAUUCAUUAAAUCCUAGAACAACACCAACAAGGUUGCAUGAACCACACGCAUUGGUUAUUUCAAAUGAACAUCCUCAAAAUGCUGAUUUCCCUCGGAAUUAUUCGAGAAAGGAGAAGAAGCCCUUUCCAGUACCCAUAGUUGAGUUGAGACGAGCUGCAAGGGAGAGGCUCAAGAAGAGUAAAGGCCAACCUAAAGGACGGGUGCCACCUCCAAAGAAAGGGUUGAUCGUUCAAAGCCUUUUACCACUUGCUUAUGAUGUGUUCAAUGCAAGAAUCACAUUGAUUAACAAUCUCAGGAAACUGUUAAAAGUGGUUCCCGUGCAUGCAUGUGGGUGGUGUGAUGAAAUCCAUGUGGGACCUGAAGGACAUCCAUUCAAGUCGUGUAAAGGCAAACAUGCUACCCUCCGCAAUGGCCUUCAUCAGUGGACAAAUGCAGCCAUUGAAGAUGUACUUGUGCCAGUAGAAGCCUACCACCUUUAUGACCGCCUUGGAAAACGAAUUACUCAUGAGGAGAGAUUUUCAAUCCCCCAAAUUCCUGCAGUAAUGGAGCUCUGUAUCCAAGCUGGAGUUCACAUUCCUGAAUAUCCAACAAAAAGGAGGAGAAAACCAAUUAUUCGCAUAGGAAAAAGGGAAUUUGCUGAUGCAGAUGAAAGUGAUCUGCCAGACCUUCUAGAGGUUCCUCUAAAGCCAUUAUUAAUCGAAAUAUCCAUCUCAGAAGCGGUAGCCCCGGCUAAUGAAGUAGAAAAAACCUUGCUUGCUGAGGAAACACUGCAAGCAUGGGAAAAGAUGAGGAAAGGAGCCAAGAGGUUAAUGCAGAUGUACCGUGUGAGAGCUUGUGGAUAUUGCCCAGAGGUCCAUGUGGGACCUAGUGGGCAUAAGGCACAGAACUGUGGGGCCCACAAGCACCAACAACGGAAUGGACAGCAUGGUUGGCAGUCUGCUGUGCUCGAUGACUUGAUACCGCCAAGAUAUGUCUGGCAUGUUCCCGAUGUGGUUGGGCUGCCAUUGCGAAGGGAGCUGAGGAACUUCUACGGACAAGCCCCUGCUGUUGUGGAAAUAUGCUUUCAGGCUGGUGCUGCUGUGCCAGACCAAUAUAAAUCAACCAUGAGAUUGGAUAUUGGGAUCCCUUCCAGUGUUAAAGAAGCUGAAAUGGCUAUUUAAGCAAAUCACCAAACGGAAGUUCAAGCUUUCACAAGCCAAAAACAAGAAAAAAGAAAAGAAACCAACAAAGAUUUUAAAGGGAAACAUGGCAGGGUCAGGUCAAGCAGCACAGCAUUCAACAGAGGUGCUUCACCAACGUCGCAAAUUGUCUAUGUCCAAUGAAAAUGGCCAUCGGUGGUGUUGCUCUUGUCGCCACUCUUGGCUACUUCGUUUUGUACUCGAAGAAGAAGCCUGAAGCCUCUGCAUUAGAUGCUGCCACAGUCACAGCUGGUGUCGCUGACCCAGCUAACACCCAUCCCCGCAACUAGAUUACUCUACAUCUACGUACUUUAACAUCUAGAUCUUUUGUUAUUGUUCCUUCAGUUCUUUUCCUUUUUCUUCCAAGUUGUUCUUGCUGUUUUGCUAUGAUUUUGUUUCUUCAAUCCUUGAAUGGACUCGUACAAUUCAGAGAAAAAAAAAGAAAAAAGUCUGCAGCUCUACAAUUAUACU